UAACAAACUAAACUAAAGAGUAAAGCCAAAUCAAAAUCAUAUCAAAAAUGAUGAUGUGCAAAACGUCCUCCUUCCUGAUGAUCCUGAGCGUUAUCAUCGCCUACUAUGGUGUUUGUAGUAGCAGUUUGGGUUCUGCCUAUGAUAUAGAAUCAGACGUGCAGGGCGCCAUCGAUAGGUCCGAGAAACAGAUCCAGAAGAGCGUGGACAAAGCCACGGAGAAGCUGGAAGGUUUGACCACAGAUUUCAACGCGACCGCUGGAACAAUGGCAGAGGAAACUUUGGAGAGAGUGCAGAAGAGCAUAGAUCAUGCCGAUAAACAGAUCAAGCAGCUGGUCGGUGCUGCGACCGCUGCUGGAUUGGAUACUGCAUCCUGCGAGGUUGAUGUUGAGUCCAAAUUGCAGGAGUUGAAUGCUGGAGCCGAAGCUGAAGUUCUCGCUUGCGCUGGCGAUAAGAGUACUCAAGCAGAGGAUAAUGUCAAGUCAGGAAUCGAACAGAUCAAUUUGGGAUCUCAACUUGUCGUAGGUAGCUUCAAGUCGGAUAAGUCCGCGUGCGGAGCUGGCCCAGAGUCUGAGACUUGUCUCGGCAAUCUUCUAAUGAGGGUCGUUACCUCCGGUUUUACCGUUCCCACUCAGAUCAAUUCCAGAGCAUCGGAGGUUGAAACAAACGUUAAGAAUUUGGAGUUGGCUAUGGCUGAAUGCACCACCAGGACCGGAAAUACUGCGUCCAAGGAAGCCAACAUAAUCCAGGUCGAUGUCGGUACCUGCGUUAGCAACUUGUUGUCCGAAGAUCGUGUCCGCAUCCUAGCCAAAUACAAUCAGUAAUUCAAACAACCAAAUUCUUCUAAUCAACAUUGUAAUUAUUCAAAUAGCAAUACUUUAUGAGAAUGUCAUAAAUUAAUCAAGCAAUAAAUAAUUAUAAACCUUAAA